AUGGCAUCCCCCAGAGCCUACAAUGCGGCCCGUCUCUUGCGCUGCGCCGCUCCCUUCCGAGCUUCCGCCCCGAUGACUGCUCGCCGGUUCGAGAGCCAGCUCGCACGCGGCACCGCAGGAGUGCCCGCUGAACUCCCCUCUACCAACCAGAACACGCCCGACUACACCAUUACUGCCGAUAAGGCCACAUCCACCUUUACCCCCGUGCCCAAGAAGGUCCAGAACGGCAGCGAAGACGUUCCCUACAUCCAGGCCGCGGUCAUCUCCGGCGCCCCCAUGGAGCUCCAGGCUCGCACCGUUCGCAUCUUCCAGGAGGCCAAACCCGCGACACAAUCUGGCAACUGGCAGGGCCACCACUGGCGCAUGGACUGGGACAUCCUCCCCAAGGGCCACCGUUGGGAGAACCCCCUGAUGGGAUGGCAGUCAUCAGGAGACAUGAUGCAGGGCACCAAGCUCAACUUCAAGUCUAAGGAGGACGCCAUCCACUUUGCCGAGAAGCAAGGCUAUGAGUACUUUGUGUCGGAGCCUCAGUCGAGGAGAAUCAAGCCCAAAGCCUACGCCAACAACUUCCUUUACUCGCCUAAGAAGCUCAAGCACAUCCGCACCAAAUAG